AUGCGAGAUCAAUCACUCACCUGCAGUCUUCAAUUUUGGCGUAUGGGCUUGAAUCAAUUACGUUGGAUAUGCACUCCUCCAAGUGAUGCCAUCAUUGUACCUUUUGCUAUACCUGUGCAAACAAGAGAACUCCCGGGGAUACUCAAGGACGUCGAUCAACAAGAGAAUGGCACUCGUAUCAUUGAAGCUGAAUGGAUCAAGGCACCAACACCCUCAACACCUAUCGAUCAACAACAGCAUCACCAUCAAAACAAGCAAUAUCCAUAUAAACGCUUUUGGCAUCGAUACCUUCCAUACACACGUCCUGAACUCAUGUCCACACCAUGCGACACCACAAGUAAUGCAAAAGAAGAAAAGGUCGUGUUGUUCAUUCAUGGCGGUGGCUACGUUGCAAUGAGCUGCGAGACACAUCGCUACUUGACAUACAAGAUUAGCAAAGCUACUGGUCGUAAUGUGCUUGCUUUCAAUUACAGGCUUGCACCCGAAGUCAAAUUCCCAGGGGCUUUGUACGACACAGUGCAAGCAUACCUCCAUCUUAUUGACGAUUUGCAUAUGGAUCCCAAGCAUAUUACAAUCAUGGGUGAUUCUGCUGGUGGAGGUCUAUGUAUGGCAUUGUCCUUGUAUUUGCGUGAUCAUGGAGCACCUUUGUCUGAAGCUAUGGUCCUAUUAUCACCAUGGGUGGAUUUGACAUUUGGAUUUCCAAGCUGGGCGAAUGCUGAAGCACACGAUUGUUUGCCACCAAAACCUGCUUGUUGGGAUAAGAACCCUGCGAUGCUCUAUUUGGGAAAGGAAAAUCAUGAAGAGUUAUGUCGACAUCCAUACGUCUCGCCUAUCUACGCAUCCAAUUUCAACGAUCUACCAGCGACUCUGAUCCAGUCAGGCGGAUGCGAGGCACUUCGUGACGAAAUUGUGGAACUCGUUCGGAAGCUUAAAGAUUCUCGGAUGUCCACCAUUGUGCAACAUGAACAAUACGAGGACAUGCCACACGUAUUUCAAUUGUUCCCUUUAUCCCAAAGCCAAAAGGCUAUCGAUAGUAUUGGCCGCUUUGUUAGAUCAUUAUAG